AUGGCCGACGCCCCGAUGCCUCAGCAAUUGGCAUUGCCAACCCAGUUAAAAGAGAGAAAGGAAAGAUUGAUCCGAGACGCCACAAUGGGAAAUGGGAAUCUCCAGCAGAUGAUUGUGGAUUCCAUCGGUUGGCUGCCGGACGAGCAGCUUUGCCAGUCCAUUGCAAGACACGUUGCUCUGGACGUCCCAAGGGCGAAAACCGCACUGAAAAGAUUGCGGGUCAUCGAGAAAGGGAUUGGCGCAACGCUGAUCAACGCAGCGGAUACCGGGAGUCUGACUCCCCUGGAACCCCUGGACAUCAAUCCAUUGCGAUUGGUGACAUUGGAUUGCCUUAAAUCCAGCAGAUGGCCCGACCCUCUUGGGUGCGGCCCCUCAGUGGCCAUUGCCUGGGGAUUGAUGAGGAUGAAUGCCCAGCCUGGAAGGACAUUGGGACAGAUCACAAAUUUCUCCCCGGAUUGGCUGUGGCAUGCCAACCAAGCCUUCCUGCCAUUGAGUCUUCGCACGAUGCUUAUUAGCAACUGGCGGAUUGUGCAUGUGAGCCCGGUUCCGACGAUCCCGGAUGCAUUGGUCUCCUUUCCUUGCUUCAUUGCAUUGCCGAACACAGUUGCUAUGCGAUUGGUCGAGACAGGCAGGCUAUUGGUCAGCGAUUUCCCGUGCCAACAGGCAAAUUCUUUCCUCUCAGUGGCGCACAGCCUUUCGAAGCUCUUGAUGUGGAUUGAUCAGAUCCCAAGCAUCAAGGCAUUGCGAGAUGAGAACCUGAUGAUCGUUGGCGUGAACCACGCAGUGGGAAGAUUGCCAGUUGUAUUGAAGAAUGCUGAUGGCACUGGUGGUCUGAAGCAUUGGCAUAACCAAAGCUACUGCGGAUUCGCCGCAAUUCUUGAGCCUCAACCGAAUGAGACUGAGAUUGUCCUGACCCAGGAAGAAGUGAGCACAUUGGUGGUUCUGGACACGCAGACCACAUUGCGUGAGCUGACUGAUGGUCUCCAUUGGGACAUGGUGCAUUCUGGACAGCAUUCCAUCCACCGGCACAUUGCGUUGCCGUCAAAGCUCAGCUUCCUAUUGGGAGCGGGUCGCGCAGCAGGACCCGGAGCCUCAUUGCAGAGCACAUUGGCAAGCCAGCGGAAUGCUUUGAGUCGGAACAGCGUUGGCAGCUCUGAAGUGACGAUCAUCGACGAUGCUGGAAGCCGAUUGCGAAUCACCACGACGAUCAACAAGAUCGAUUGA